AUGCCUAGAGAUCCAUUGAUUGGUAUUGUGGGUAAGCCAUCUUCAGGCAAAUCGACCACAUUAAAUUCUUUGACAGAUGCAGGUGCGGCGGUAGGCGCGUUCCCUUUCACCACGAUCGAACCUAACCAGGCCACCGGUUACUUGCAAGUCGACUGUGCUUGUUCCAGGUUCGGGAAGGAGGAUCUUUGUAAACCUAACUACGGGUGGUGCAGCAAUGGCAAAAGGCACAUCCCCAUCAAAUUGUUGGAUGUGGCUGGGUUGGUACCUGGUGCACACUCUGGCAGAGGGCUUGGAAAUAAAUUCUUGGAUGAUUUGAGACAUGCAGACGCCUUGAUCCACGUGGUUGACGUCAGUGGGACCACAGACGCAGAGGGGAAGAACACAAGGGGUUACGAUCCAUUGAAUGAUAUAGAAUGGCUGCAAGACGAGAUCAGACUCUGGGUCGAGGGGAACCUGAAGAAAAGAUGGGGCUCCAUUGUGCGUAGACACACAGCCACGAAAUCUAGUAUAGUGGACACGCUGCAAGCACAGUUCGGUGGGUACGGAUCACAUGCGCCCAUGAUCCAAAAGGCACUGGACAGACUGAAGGGAUUGCCACCAUUGGAGAAAUGGGACGACGAAUGGAUCACCAGAGUGGUCAGGUCCUUCAUGGUGGAGAAGUUUCCCACCGUGCUGGCACUCAACAAGAUGGACCACCCGGACGCCGAUAAGAACGUCUCCAAGAUCAUGUUGAGGUAUCCUGACACGAAGGCUGUGCUGACCAGUGCAGUGACAGAAGUGUUCUUGAGAAAAUUGAAAAAGCAAGGUUUCAUACUAUACGAAGAGGGCACGGAGUUCGUCGACACGUAUGAGGACGAGCCAGACAAACUGAAGCCACUCGACGAUAAAAUCCUUAACAGAAUUGAAAAUAUCAGGGACCUGGUCCUAUAUAGAUUCGGGUCCACCGGUGUCCUUCAGGUUCUGCAAGCAGCCACAGAUAUCCUCGGACUGAUACCGGUGUACACUGUGAAGAACAUCCAAACUUAUACGGGAGGCAACGGGACCAACGUGUUUAGAGACUGCUUCUUGGUGAAGAGAGGCACCCCCGUCGGUAAAGUCGCCAGGUACAUCAUGGGUGGCGAGGUGACCAUAGCAAGCAUCGAAACCGUAGGUGGCGUGAGGGUCAGUGAAGAGAGUCUUGUCCAGCCUGGUAAAAAUGACAUCCUCGGCUUCAAGAUCGCUCCAAGAUCGACGUAA